CACAGCCCUUGGUUCUGAGGGACCACUAUUCACGGUGCCAUAUUUAUGUCUGCAACAGUGAUGAACAUCUGUUCCAUCCCAAAAGUUGCCAAACCUCUCCUGGACCCCAGAGCCGAGAUGAAAGAGUGGAAAGAAAAGCAACCAGUGAUGAAGAUAAAGUUAGAUUUAGUGUUGAAGAAUACAGUCAAAGCAGCAACCACCCUGAUGAGAGAUUACAGCUAAGGCCGAAUGUGAGAUCGCAUGCCAGCUCUUGUCAAUCACUGACAAGCACCCAAACUGUUGUGCCAGUCUUUUAUUUACUACAAGCCCCUUCUCCUGCUGAAACCUGCAGAACAGGGCUGGCAUAUGACAGGCACCUGCAUGAUGAGAGAAUGCGGAAUGUAUGGUUAAGACUGCGAGAGUGUGGGCUUACAGCUCAGUGUAAGCUGGUAACAGCCAAACCUGCCAGUAUGGAGGACACCAGUGUGGUUUGUAAGGACAGCUAUUUUACAUUUCAUGGAGCUCAUCCUUGGAGUCAUCAUCAGCUUGACAAAGCUAGAAUUGCUGCGGGAACUGUGACCGAGUUGGCACUACUUGUAGCACAGGGCAACUUGAAGAAUGGCUUUGCAAUAGUCCAAAAACUUAAGCACCAUGAUGCUCUGGAAUUACCCCUCUCUAAGCUGAUGAGUUCCUUUAGUUCAGUAGCAGUUGCUGCAAAACAGCUCCAACAAAGUGUUAAAAAGAUUCUUAUCGUGGACUGGGAUGUUCAUCACCGUAGCACAGUUCAGGAAUUGUUCUACACAGACCCCAGAGUUCUCUACAUCUCUCUGCAUCAGUACUGUGAGACCAUGGCCAGCUCUAAAAGAGGAGGUCCCAAUGAAGUUGGCUUAGGUGAAGGAGAGGGCUUCAAUGUCAAUGUACCAUGGUCAGGCCAUCUGGAUUCACCCAUAGGCGAUACAGAAUACAUGGAAGCAUUUAGGACAGUGGUCAUGCCCAUUGCCCAUGAGUUUUCUCCCGACAUGGUCCUGGUUUCCUCAGAGUUUAAUGCAGUAGAUGGUCAUCCAGCUUCUCAGGGAGGAUACAGAGUGUCUGCUAAAUGUUUUGGGGUACUGACACAGAAACUAAUGAAGCUGGCCAGGGGACGUGUUGUUGUGGUAUUAGAGUGCGAUCAUGACCUUAAUGCCAUUUGUGAUGCAUCUGAAGAGUGUAUCAACGCUCUCCUGUACAGAAAGACUGCUUCCUUGUCUGACGAUGUUUUUCAAAAGAAACCUUGUGCUAAUGCAGUUCGGUCUCUGCAGAAAGUGCUUCAAAUCCAGAGUAAGUACUGGUCAUCUGUGAGAUUUCUAACACAAACUGGGUUGUGGUUGGAGGCUGAGAGAAAAUGUUCAGCAGAUAAUGAUGCACCCAAAGCGCUGUCUUCACUCAGCCUAGGUCACAACGAGCCUGCGGAACAUGAUGAGGAUGAGCUGCCCAUGUGGGAAAAGACCGGCUGAAAACUUUCUGAAAAUGUUUAAUCCAGUUUUAAAAAUACACAGGAUGUCCUUCAUUAUUUUGAGUAGUUAUUUAAUAGCCAUAUGUUAAUAUGACUAAACAUUGUGAACAAUGUGUUUUCAGAUUAAACAGGUACCAGCUGACCAAAACCAUGACUUGGUCAAGACUUGAAAACAUUACUUGCUUACACAAAUAUACGUUUUGCUGAUUUUUUAUGCUCUUAGAUACUGCAUUGUCUAAGAUUUGGGACCUGGCUGAGCUUUAAAAUGGUAUUGAUGACUUGGGCUACUGUACAUUCCACUCAGCCUUACAUUUAUUUCCUUCUUACAACAAACCAAAUGCUAUUUAAAUGUUUAUUAGGUGUGUUAUAUCAGGUAGAAUGCUAAAGUUAGGGUUAAAGUAAUAUAAAGAUUUCUUUGUGAAGUUUAUGGUGUUCAUUUAGUCAUAUAGACAUUAGUUCACAUAAUUAGUUUUGCAAUUUUGUUUGUACACAUUUCUGGAAUGAAAU